CAUCGGCGACAUCGGCGAAUGACGACCUAAACAAAUCAAGGCAGAGCUAUCUAUAAGAAGACAUAACAAAUUGGUUAACUAUCAACGAAUAUAGACGCUCACUUUAAUUUUUAAGUCGCUGGGGAACCCGGAAUAGGCAAAAAACUUCGAGUACGAGUACCGAGUAGUACCGAGUGUAUGUGUGUGCCCCAUACACGAGAUAUAUAUAUGGUGUUGACGUUUGCUAUGCAUUGGCUAUAAUACUACAAUUGUGUACAUAGUUAAGCUGUUCGUACGCUCUGAAAGAUUUUCUGGAACUACCCAGGCUUACACACAGGAGUAACAGGACUGACCUUCUAUAUAAGCUUCUAUAUUCGUUAGAACAAUAUACAGAAAAUAAACAGCACCGACCUAAAUUUGCUAUUCAGUUAGAUAAAUAAAUAAAUAUUAUAAUUAACUCAACAAUUAUAGAAUAGAAUAAUCUAUGAAAUGUAUACAUACAAGUGAUAUAAUUUUUGGAAAUUGAUUAUAAAAUUUAGUUCAUAUAACCUCUAAAAAUAUUAAAAAAUGAAUAUUUUACCAAAAAAAAGGUGGCAUGUUAGAACUAAAGAAAACAUUGCAAGAGUUCGAAAAGAUGAAGCUUUGGCUGCAGAACAAGCAAAACUUGAACAAGCUCGCAUUGAUAAAGCGGAAAGUGAAGCACGGUUGAAUUUUUUAAGGAACGAAUCCAGAAAAAAGAACAGAGACAUUCAAGAAACUUAUGCUCCUCGUGAACAGAACCUUGGAUCAAAUGCUAGUACAUCAACAAAUUCUAAGCAUAUCAAUUUUUUUGAAGAGUUGGAACAAGGUAGCAUAGAUUAUACUAAAUCAAAUAAAGAUUAUGAAAAAGAGAAAAAAGAAGAGCAGGAAAAGUAUGAAAAACAAAUUGGUUUAUUAACAUAUCUUGGACAAGGUUGUAAAGAAGAUGUUAGUAAAAGAUGGUAUAAUGAGCUACCAAAAAGAAUAGAUGACACUGAGAGCAAUAUUGAAUUUAAACCUAAUAAAAAAUCUGUUGAAGAUCCAAUGCAAGAUAUUAAAAGAUACUUGAAAAUGAUGUCUACACAAAAAAGCAGCAAUAAACCAGUAGUAAAAUGUGAAAAUAAAAAAUCAAGUUUCAAUAGUAACAUUAAAGAUAAUUAUUCAAAAAGUAAUAAACAGAAACGUGAAUCCACGUUAGAAAAUGAAUCCAGUGAAGAUGAAUACAGAUCCAAAAAAAAACACAAAAAGCAUAAAAAACAUAAAAAAUUGAAAAACCAUAAAAAGAGUAAAGACAAAGAACCUAGUCAAUCUAAGUCAUAUUUGGAUAUUGAAAAGUUAAGAGCAGAAAGGUUGGAACGAGAAAAACAAGAAAGAUUAAAAACUCAAGCUUUAUUAGCUGAAUUAAGAAACAAAGGUGAUUUAGAAGCAAAUGGCUCUAAGUCACAAUUUAAACAAAAAUACAAUUCUCAGUUUUUCCCUGAAUUAGCUCGACAAAAUAAUGAAAAAAUUUAUACAAAUACCAAGAGUUUUUAAAUUUAUAUAGUUGUAAUGUAAAUUUUGUAAAUAUUGACAUUUGCUACAAUACUGUAUUACAUAAGUAAUAUAUAACUAAUUUAUAAUCCACCUAUGCUCUUAUAAAUACUAUCUUAUAAAAUAAAACUUAAUAAUUAUAAUAGAAUCAUAUUUUUUUCUUUCAAUUUAUAACAAUAUAAAUAACUAUCCAGAAUAUCAUUUUAAAUAAUUUUUACUAAAUUUUAUCAAUAAAAUACAUAUUUACAUAUACUCACGCACGCAAUAAAAUAUAUGUACGUGAGU